GGCGAGGUGCAGGAGGAGUUCGAGCUCGACCCGGAGCUGCUGAGCAUCCUAUGUCGUCGCGGCCGCAGGCGCCUGAGGCUGCUGCAGCUGGAGACGCGGGCGAACAUCUGGAUUGACCGCGGCCGGGGCGUCCUCCACGCCAGCGGUCCGGAGGCGGCCCUCGGCGAGCUGCAGAGGCAGCUCGCCAGCCUGCGGGGCCCCCGCAAGAACGUCAGCGCGGCGGUCUGGUCCGAGCUCAUGAGGACCCGGACGAACUCCAAGGACCCCGAGGAGGGCCUUGUGGCGAGGCUGCAGCAGGAGAGCGGCUGCCGCAUACACAUAGAGCGCGACAGGCACCAGGUGCGGAUCUUCGGCCCCAGCGACGAGGUGAGAGUCUGCGAGCGGCUGAUCGAGGUGCGCCAGGCCGUCAGGGGGCUGGUGAAGACCAGUUCGCUCACGGCGGAGCUCGCGGACGAGGCUCGGGUCUCGAAGGACUCGAGACGCCGGAGGUCCGGGGAUGCAGAGGCGGAGUGGAAGUGGAUGCAGUGCAGCCUGGCUGCCUGGCGUAUCGGCCGUCUAAUCAUGUACCUGGUGGUGGCAGCGGUGCUCGUGGCCCUCUGGGGCGAUGGCGUGGCGGGCCGCCGCAAGGCGAACAUCCAGGGCAAAGACUUCGCCAUCUUCGCCCCCGACAGCCUGUCGCCAUCAGAUCACCGCUCUUUGCGGCAGGCCCGCUUCCUGUUGCAGCAAGAGUUGGGCUCCCUGUCGGCGCGCAAGUCGAUCAAGAGCGCGCAGGUCAAGGCUGGCGAGGCGGGCAAGAAGCUCAAGAAAGCUCAGCAGGAUGCUGAAACCAAGGGCCGACUGGCUGCCGAGGCCCUCCUCGAGGCGGUCAAGCAGAAUAAGUACGCGGAGCAGCUGGAGCUUGAGCUCCGCGAGGCUGUGGCAAAGGCUAAGCAGGAGAUGGAGCAGCAGGAGCGCCAACAGGAUGGUGGAGCCGUCCCAGGAGCCGUUCCCCAGCCGAGCGAAGUCCGCAGCCUGGUGGACAAGCGCGCGAGGCUGGCCAAGCUGGUGGAGACCAAGAUCGAAGGAGCGGAUCUCGGCGAGGCCGGCGCAGCCCUCAAGGAGCUUCUCUCGACGCUGGCGGACGACAAGUUCAAGGUCGAGGAGGCCAACGACGAGACCCCACCUGUUCCAGCUCCAGCCACUCCUCGUCCUGAGGCAGCCAGCCAGCCAGGGGCUGCCGCAGGUUCCCGAGACGACGCCAUCAAGCCCGAGGACUUUAGCGAGUUCUCCAGCGCUACCCUCGACGCAGCGAUGGAGGAGUUUGGCGGCGACUGCCCCGACAAGCGCAGGCUUCUGGAGCAGUUCACCCGCAAGACUUUCAAGAUCGGAGUGCUGAGCGUCAACACCUACGCGAACAUCGACAAGUGUUUGGGUGGCAGCCUUGCAGAGUACGACACCUUGUUGUUCCAGGAGGCCCGCUUGCCAAGCCAGCGCACGGUCGACGCCGAGGUGUCCAACGAGCUGGAGGUCGCUUCUAGAAUGGAAUACCCCAUAUCGCGUCUUCGGGCGCUGCGAGGUUUGCGUAACCUACUGGCGAAGCCUCCCAAGCUUGUGAAGGUGGAGCCUGCGGCUGGGGACGCUGGCUGCGUCUCGCCAAAGGACGUUCCCCUCGUGAGCAGUUGGUGGCAUGCGCUCAGCAAUUUGCGCAUUGGGCGGCUGGACUUGGACGUCGUGUCUCAGCUUGCACAUCGUACGAAGCAGGAGGCCUGCAGGAUGGCGGAUCACGAUAUGUACGUCCGCAGAGCUGAGUUCAACGAUUGGGUCGAGCGACAAGCGCGCGGGGGUGGUGGAGGCCUUCAUGCUCUAACCAAGGUGCCUGCAGGAGGCAAAGGUAGGCGACUUGCUGUGCACAAGGUGGCUCGCAGUGGGUUGGGGGCGUCGGCCAGCUACGGGUUCGUGGUCACAGGCUGUUCUAGCAUGGAGCUUGAUAAGCUGAGGACUCUGGUGUUCACGUCCGUGGCUAAUUCCACUGCUGGGCGGUCGCGGUCACUGACCUUGAUGUUGCCUCCAGGCUUGCGAAGUGAUGCUGGUCAGGACUGGGCUAGUGUAUUCAAUGAUUUGCUGGGGGAGGUCACGGAUUCCGACAGCGACGUGGUCGCAGAUGGUGCCCCAGUUGCCGAGGCACCGCCGGUCGGGAGCAGCAUCUCUGCGCCCCUGGUCCGACAAGACGUGCCAGCCAGCCAGGCCCCGCGCGACAGCUUCGAGGCUGUCGGCCCCGCGGUGGGCAGCUUACCCUUAAUGCUCGGCUUCGGCCAUGCGCCACGGGAUACGGGGUCUGGGGGCAAUCGUAAUGGAGUCGAGUCGGGCCAGCGUGGCUGCGCAGACGCUGCCACUGUCGUGGUCGCUGGUGGAGCGCCAGUUGCCGAGGUACUGCUGGGUGGGAGCAGCUCUUCUGCGCCCCUGGCCCGACAAGACGUGCCAGCCAGCCAGGCUCCGCGCGACAGCUUCGAGGCUGUCGGUACUGUGGUGGGCAGCUUACCCUUAAUGCUUGGCUUCGGCCAUGCGCCACGGGACACGGGGUCUGGGGGCAGUAAUGGGGUCGAGUCGGGCCAGCGUGGCUGCGCAGACGCUGCCACAGUCGUGUCUAAGAUGGUGGCUAUUCGUUUGACGGCGAACGAGAAGGGUUACCUGGACUCGCUGGUGCAAGGCGGCCAGUGGUCGCAGGCUCGCGAGCAUGAGAAGGGCUACGCUACUGCACCAGAGUGUCUACGCUGUGGGCAGCUCGGGACUUUGUACCACAGGCAUUGCGAAGAUGGCAAUUGGCCCGAUGAGCUGGUGCUGCCGAAGCAGAUCGAGCUGUUGGCGCAGUGCAGAUGGUACGACCGCCGAUCGGAGUGCCCAGUGAGCAUCGUGCCGACGGUGCUGGAGUUGAAUUCCAAGUUAGACAAGAAGCAUGUGCUUGUGGAGCUGGCGCCCGUGCGGAGUUCCGAGCUCGUCAAGGACAUGGCCUUUGUUGCAUGCCUGGUGUGUGGCGCCUCGGCCGCAGCCAGGCCUUCCACGUUCAAGAAGGAGUGCGGCCACCCUGGCAGCAAAGGCAAGGCGGUGCUGUCGAGGCUGGAGAAGAAGGUGGCUCCCACGAUCUCAGCGAAGGUCGUGGUCUCCAUGAAGAUGCUGGGUGCCGACCCGUCGGUCUUCGCGGUCAGGCUGCGCGAGAAGGCUGCGGGCCCCGACGCGGCGCAGAUGCGCUCCGAGAUCGCCGCCAGGGGGGUCGCCCCGACUGCCGAUGACGAAGAGGUGCGAGCGCUCUAUGGGCAACUUCGGCUCGCCUUCGGCAGGCGUUCCGUCAGAGAUUCGUCCGACUCCGCGGGCAACAGAGGGCCCGGCAGGAAGGAGACGCAGCGCUUCAACCAGCUUUCGGGCGGCUGCUUCGCGCACGUGGUUCACAGGGCCGCGCUGCUGCGCGACGGCAGCGAGAGCGAGGCCCGCCUGGCUCCGGCGCAGGACUGGCGCGCGCGAGCACGGGGCGGGCGCUUUAAGGCCAGAGGUCGACGCCGCAGGUGGCCCUUGCAGUUCAAGAGGGAGGCUGGCCGGAGGGACUUCGAGCUCCCCUAG